AUGUCAGGAGUAUUGGAUCAGAUUCUUUUAGAAGAUAUUGCACGAAACUGCCCACAAGAAUUCUUAGAUUAUCAUAAAUGUGUUUCUCAAAACCACAAGAAUGGGAAUGCAAGUGCUUGUGUUGAAAACCAGAGAAAGCUAACAUACUGCAUCAAGAACAAUGUUCCGGCGUUUAAGAAAAUCCAGGAAAACUGUUUGGGCAGGCUAAAGGAUUACGAGGGCUGUUUG